GAGUCUUGUCCGGUGCGGCGCACCGGACGCCGCGCUCAGAGCCCUUCGAACGGGUCGCUGCUCGGCGCCUUGUUCAUUGCUGAUGGUGUCGGCGGCGCGUCGGACGCCAUCGCGGCCAUCGAGCCCUCCUUGGGCGCGGUUUGUGGCGCGUCCUUUUUCAUCUGCUCGAGGCUCGCGAGGACGUCGUCCUCCGUCACUGAUACCUUGUUCACUCUUUGCGCUGGUUCGGCCGGCUUUUGCACGGCGGGCGCGGCCAUGGCUUGGAGGAAAUCGCUGCUGGACAUGCUUGUCGUGUGAGAGGUUCAGAUCUUUGGGCUGCACUUGACUGUGAGAUGCUUGUGUCGCGUGCGCCGCUCAGAGCCUGUGGGCUGCACUCGUGUGUGCGGAGGUUACGCGUGCUGUGGGCUGCUGUGCGUGGUUGCAGCUGCUAGGCGUGAUC